UUCUUUCUGGUCUCCCUUUCUCUCAUUUUGUGUUUCUCUCCUGAAGAUCCUAUGUGCAUCAGAACUUAGUUUCGUUGAUUUACUAUUGGUUUCUCUUGAAAUUUCCGGGGGUUUCGUCUUUGCUGAUCCUUUCUGAUCAACAAUGACUCGCGGUAAUAAGAGAGAUCGAGACCGUGAAAGGGCUCAAACCAGAGCCGGCAACAAAGGUAAGCAGCCUAAAGACGAUGGAUUGACCCCCGAACAACGGCGCGAAAGGGAUGCUAAAGCAUUGCAAGAGAAAGCAGCGAGGAAAGCGGCGCAGGCAGCAGCUGGAGGGAACAAUGCUGGCGGUGGCAGAGGUAAAAGUAAUAAGAAAUAAGAGGCUGAAGAAGAUAAUGAAUUGGUAGAUUUUGUUUGGUGGGUUUUAUCGAGUGAUUGAUUACUGAAUAGUGUGAUUAGUGGGAGGAGCUGUAUGUUUAUGUCAUUUCCUAAAUGUUUGGCAAAGAGUUGACAUUGAAUUUGAACCUUUCUUCUCCGUAAUUUCUGAUUUCA